AUGGGGACUCCUGGAUCUGGAAGGAAACGGAACCCAAACUAAAGACAGAUUUUCUGCUGAAGAUGAAGCCCUGAGUCAUAUUGCAAGAGAGGCAGAGGCAAGACUUGCUGCAAAACGUGCUGCUCGAGCUGAAGCACGGGAUAUUCGGAUGAGAGAGCUGGAACGACAACAGAAAGAGCUCACUCAUCGCUAUCAUGAUAGAAAAUGGGGACAGAUCCAAAAGUGGAUGGAGGAUUCUGACCGGGCCAGGUACUCUCACCGGUCCAGUCAUCGUCCACUACUGGAGACUUCAGGGUUGACCACUAGACGAGGUCUUGAAACUCAUAGGAGCUCAUUGUUGGAUGUCGGUGGCUCGCACAAAGGCAGAGACAGUACUUCCAGGAGGAGAGACCUUGUGUUGGACAUUUUGAAAGAUAAAUCUUCGAAGUCAAGCAGACAUGGAACAGAUUAUGACUCGCUGAAGGAUUCAUCCAGGAGAAGUGUGCACUCUAAUAAUACCUACAACUCUUAUGGAAGCAAGAAUAAAUCUUCUAAUUAUCAUAAAGACCUUCUGAGCGGACUUUAUCAUGAUCAGCGAAACUAUAGCAGUCUUAAAUAUAGCAUACCCUCUUCCAGCUACCACACUCGGUCCUCUUCUCUCUACAGUGAACCAUCUGCCACUACUCGAAGCUACAGGACAUCUCCAAAGUUAAGUGCUACCUUGCCCCGGAGUUCAAGUUCGACAUCACUGUAUGCGGAUGGCCUUACUAAUUUGUACAGUUCUCAAACUCCCUCUGAAUAUAGCUACUAUUCAUCCAGAGCCAGCUCGACUAGAAGCAGUCCCGUGUGUACAGAUGAUGAGGGUUCUAUAUCCUCUUGUAGCGCUGGACGGGGGCGAAAGGAUAGUGUGUCAUCGGACUUUCUUUUCUGACAAGUGAAUCUGCAGCCGAUUAUUUAGCCGCUCCAAUGUAGGGGAAGUAUAUGUCUGAUGAUGUCAGCAUUGCUGAUCUCAACAGUCUGGAAGAGAAGAUUGACAAGCAAUAUUGUGAAGGUUAUUCUAGGCCAUCAUCUCGUAAUGCAACUUCUGGGCUGCCAGGUACCUUUACUCCUCUAAGUGGAUCAUCAUCUCGAAGAGGAAGUGGAGAUGCCAGUAGUUUAUUGGAUCCAGAUGCUUCACUGAGUGAAUUAAGGGAUAUAUAUGAUCUUAAGGACCAGAUUCAAGAUGUAGAAGGCAGAUACAUGCAGGGACUAAAAGAACUAAAGGAUUCCUUAGCAGAAGUGGAGGACAAAUACAAGAAGGCUAUGGUAUCCAAUGCACAGCUUGAUAAUGAAAAAAGCAAUCUUGUGUACCAAGUGGACACAUUAAAAGAUGUCAUCGAGGAAAUGGAGGAACAGAUGGCAGAAUAUCAUAGAGAAAAUGAAGACAAGUCAAAGGAAUUAGAAAGACAAAAACAUGCAUGCAGUAUUCUACAGCAUAAGUUAGAUGAACUUAAAGAAGGUAUUCGCCAGAGAGAUGAAUUGAUAGAGGAAAAUCAGCGUUUGCAGCAGAAAGCAGACACUCUCACCAGGGAGGUGUUUGAUCUACAGGAGACAGUUAAUUGGAAAGAUAAAAAAAUUGGGGCUUUAGAGAGGCAGAAAGAGUACUUUGACUGCAUUAGAAAUGAACGGGACGAGCUCAGAGAUGAGCUGGCUGAUGUGAAAGGAAAAAUGAAGAUAGGAGAGAAACACGGCUUAGUUAUUAUUCCAGAUGGUACCCCAAAUGGUGAUAUAAACCAUGAGCCAGUGGUCGGAGCAAUUACUGUUGUAACUCAAGAAGCUGCACAAGUAUUGGAAUCUGCAGGAGAAGGACCACUUGAUGUCAGGCUACGGAAAUUGGCCGAAGAAAGGGGAUGAGCUUGUGUCACAGAUCAGAAAGUUAAAGUUACAACUAGAUGAGGAGAGACAAAAGAGUUCAAGAAAUGACACUACCGUGACCGAUGCAGGUGGAUUAGAGAAUGGUUCUGACCUACAGCUUAUUGAAAUGCAGAGAGAUGCCAACAGACAAAUGAGUGAGUACAAGUUUAAGCUUUCAAAAGCAGAGCAAGAUAUAACAACUUUAGAACAGAAUGUUCUUAGGCUUGAAGGACAGGUAGCAAGAUAUAAAACCGCAGCAGAAAAUGCAGAAAAAGUAGAAGAUGACCUUAAGGCAGAAAAACGAAAACUUCAAAGAGAGGUAAUUACCUGAUGUAUAAUAAUUUAUAAGAUAAAAAAAAAGUUUGUG